AGCUGAUGGGGAAGACAAAAAGUCAUCGCUUAUUUUAUUUCCAACAAAACCGCCAUAAAAGGAGAGGAUAAAAUGCAAUAUAUGAAUAUGUAUGAAAACAAAAAGUCAACAUACAGCAAAAUACAUACUAAGAAAAAUAACAACAUUCAAGUUGAAAUCAGGAUAUUAUCAUGACACUCACGAGGACGGCCGCCUAGAUCAUCCAGACAAACAAAAAGAUUGUCAAAACGACCUGAGCAGUCGACCAAUAGAGUCAAGAUCAUCACCAUCGAGAAAUUGGUUACGGUAUAAAACUGUUUUGACACUAUCACAAACACCAUGAUUGACACAGUUUCCAUUCUUAUUGGUACAGGUGAAUCUUUGUUUGAACUGACAAUGCAUUUUAGCAACGAGAAAUCAUCAUGAUGCAUGCUAAAACUGUUUUUGACUCUAUCAAUUAAAGUAUUCUUGUAUGCAAAAUCAUCAUCAUCGUCGUUUUCAGUCCGGCUUUUCUUUAAUUUGAUCUCAUUAGAUUGUGUUCUUCUUUUUUGUUUUCUGUGCGGGACUGCGCGAUGCAUCGAGGUUUAUUACCGCAAUAAUGUAUGAUGAGCACAUUUAUAUAUCAGUUCGGCGCAUUUCAGAUUCAACUGCAUAUGGUAUUAAUUCUUGGGCUAUUCACAUUCAAAAUUCAGUGAUUCAUUGGUUAUAACCAACAGCACAAUAUACCAUCUUAAAAUCGGAAAGUGCGUAAAAAACGCGAUCAGUCGGUUUCUACGUGUUUUAUAUUAGGCCUAAACACAAAUUAAGAAGACAAUUAAGCAAAAAAUAAAUAAAUUUUAGAAAUAGCUGUAUAUUGUUUCUGUUCUUUAAACUUUGAUAAACGUGCAUUUUUUUUUAAUUUAUUUACUUUUUCAAAUGGAUGCACGUAUAUCGCAUUUUGGAAAUAAAAUCUUCAUAGUGGUCGCAUAAAUCAGGUAAAGUUGCAGGGUUAAAUUUACAGAAUAUACAAAAUAUCUUCCAUAUUUAAACGAAAAUCAGAUCUUUCAUCUCAGAUCGUUCACUCUGACGGCAUCAUGGGCGAUGGAUCCAGCCCCAGCUACGGGGAAAGUCUGACGUCAGGAUCCAAGGCUGGGUUGGGUGGUCUGAUGUUUAUUCAGUUCCUGGUUGGUAUUUUUGGUAACUCCGUCAUUUUGUACAUGUUCUGGAAGUUCAAACAACUGCAGACUCCUAGCAACAUCAUUUUCAUCUCUCUCCUGAUAGCCAACUUAGGUAUGUGUUUUUGCAUCCCCUUCUCUGCUGCCUCUAUGCUGGCCGGUAGCUGGCUCUUCGACUCGGCUGGAUGUAAAUUCUACGGCUUCGCCAGCAUGUUCUUCGGGCUGGCGGUUAUAGGCCUCCUUGCCUGUCUCAGUAUCGACCGAUACAUUGUCAUCUGCCGACCAAGCCUGGCAUCAAGCCUUACCCACUCCCACUACACCUACAUGUCGAUGGCCGCCUACCUGAACGCCGUUUUCUGGGCGAUCAUGCCCAUCUUCGGCUGGGCCCAUUACGAUGAGGUCGGCACCAGCGGCUGCUCCGUGGAUUGGACGAGGGCAGAUGCGCCGUACAUCUCUUAUCUCUUUUCCCUGUUCAUGGUUUGCUUCGUCUUACCCAUUGUCACGAUGGUGUUUUGUUUUGGACGCACUCACACGGUACUCGUCAUGCGACAGCAAGUACAAAACAUCGGCAGUAGGGACAACCUCAGCCCCGUCAACUCGGACUGGGCCAAUCAGAAGCAAGUUACACAGCUGGGCGUGGUUCUGAUCGUCAUUUUCAUCCUGACCUGGUCACCCUUCGCUAUCGUCUGCCUCUGGGGGGCGCUCGGCGACCCCCAAAGCAUUCCCCUCUGGCUGGCCACACUGGCGCCUUUCGCGGCAAAAUGUUCGCAGUUUCUGAAUCCGCUCAUGUUCGUCGUGCUCAUCAAGCGGUUCCGAGACUACGCCGUGGUGAUGCUAUGCUGCCGAACGCACGUGGAGACCAUCGAGUUGACGCCCUCUGCCGCCCAAGAUGAUCGAAAUGAGGGGGAGUUGUAAGGAAAAAAGAAGCAUUGACUUGUCUAAGUCGGUUGUUGACUCGUUGCGCUAGACGACGAAACAUUGAUACCGUGAUAGGCAGUUAUUUAUGCUUAAUUUAGUUUUGCCUACUUAGUGUUGUACGGCAGAAAUCAAAUUUAAAAAAUGAAAUAUAUGUUUUUCCUUCACUAAUCAACAAAAUGAAUAUUGCAUUAAAUACAAAAUUCAUACAAAAUGAAAACAUGCAUGUUAUUCCUUAUUUGCUUAUAGCAGCAAUUAUGCAUUCUUGCAGUAUUUUAAUGUAGUAAAUAUUAUGUCUGUGUUUAAAAGUUCAUUAUAUCUUACUUGAUGGGUGAAAAACCACACAAUAAUUUCAUUAUUUUUCUCAGUUUUAUUAAUAUAAUGAACGUUGGCCAGUUUCUGCAAUACAUGUACCUAGACACUGUAGCACGAUACAAUAACAUCGACUCAACAAUACAAGGUUUUCUUCAGUCAUCCUGGAGAAAGUAUUUACAGAGGUCGUUAAUUUAACGGGUAACUAAUGUACAAGUUUGCAACUUUUUUCUUACACUGCACCUUGUAUAGUAUACAACACAGUUUAGUAACGUUUUGGUUAAAUGUGGUAUACUUUUGCGACUAUUAAGAAAAUGGGGAAAAAAUAUAUAUAUAUAUACUUCUGUGACCAUAACAAAAAUGGGAAGGAACGGGCUGCAGAGGUAUAGCCCAAGAUCGCAUGCGUCAGUUCCAUAUUUGAUUGACUUGUGACCUUUCAUGUAUAUUUUGUUCCUUAAAUCUGUCUAUUAUCCAAAACGAAAUGCCCCUUUUAGAUCGUAUACAUUCCAAACUAAACUUCACUUAACUAUCUGAGGGAUCUUUUUGAGUCCGCAUUUUUGAAGCCAGUCUACUUUUGAGAUCCUUAGAAAGUGUCUCAAAAGUAGUGUCCUAAUCCUGUUUUGUUUUUGUGUUUAGGUAAUGACUCUGUGGUCCGUGAGCAUCUGCUGAAUACAACAUUGCAAGAGAACUCAGGCGGGAAUCGAACCCACAACCCCCUGCUUAUUUGAACAGGUGUCGAAACCAUUAGACCACUGAGGUUUCUUGAUUGUGUCCUUCAGAUGCUCACAAAGUAAAAAACCACUCAGCAAAACUCCUCAACAAUAAGUUAGGAAUGCCUGAAGAUAAUUGCAACGAAGCGUUACCAUCCACACACCCCUCCCCUCCAAUACAAGUAAACAAUGUUUAUAUUUUCCCUGAAAAAAAAAACCCUUACAUAUUCACCUCAAAUACUUGCGGUAUUACUGACCAUAGAUCUAACCUAGUACCAACUUUGAAGUAAUUCUACAGUAAUUGGAAACGGAAUGAUGUAUAUUGGCAAUGCUUACAAUCAUGAAAACUUAACGUUAGGAUAUAAAAUAGGUAACCACGUCAAAAAAAAAAUGUCAAAAAAGAUGGUAUGUUUGUAAUGGAAAUCAAUUUGUUUUGAUAAGUAAUAUCAACGGAUUAUUUGUUCAUUUCUCUGUGCGUUUCUGUGGUGCAAAUAUUAAACAAAUAACUGUGCUAUGCAUAGAAUAAUACUAGGAAAAGUAUAACCUUACAGUCACAGAUUUUCUUUAAGGUAGAUUAUUGGAAAUACUCUGGAAGGGAAUUAGUUAUCCUUGAUUCAAAAUUCUACUCAAUAAUUCUUUAUGACAAACGACACUUUCUUUACAGCUUAAUUUGUUUUGUACUUGAACUGAUAUGUACAUGCUAACUUCACUUUUGUAAAAUACUCAAUCUCACAAAAAUAAUAUUCAAAUUGUUACCUUGAAAAAUUUGAAAGCAAAAUAAAGAAUAUCAAAUCACCACA